AUGACCGUCGGCGUAGCAAUCAUUGGAAGUGGCCUUUUCGCGCAGGAGCAGCAUCUGCCGGCUGUGCAAGCUGCAGCAAACUUUGAGCUCAAGGCCAUCUACUCACGGUCAUUGAAGUCAGCCCAAGAACUGGCCAGCACUACAUCUGGGGUCGAUCUCUACUCGGAGGACUCGGGAUCUGGCAAGUCCUAUGUCGACAUUCUGGCUCGGUCAGACAUCGGUGCUGUGAUCAUUGCCCUCCCCAUUUUGGUUCAGCCUGAAUUCAUCAAGAAGGCUCUGCUCGCAGGAAAACACGUUCUGUCCGAAAAGCCCAUUGCCAAGGAUGUCGCCACGGCCCAGGAGCUCUUGCAAUGGUACAAAAGUACCAUCGACACCAGCAAAGUCUUUUGGGCCGUGGGUGAGAACUUCCGGUACUUGACCAAGUUCAUUUUUGCGGCAGAGCAGGCCUCGAAAUUGGGAAAGGUCAAGAACUUCCGUGUCAAUGUACACAGCUUGAUGAAUGCCGAGAACAAGUAUUUCCAAACUGCCUGGCGCAAGACCCCCGAGUACCAAGGUGGAUUCCUCCUGGAUGGUGGAGUGCACAUGACAGCUGGCCUGCGACUCAUUUUGGGAUCGGAGCGCCUCAGCACCCUGUCAGCGCAGUCGCAACUGCAGCAACCAUUCCUGCCUCCGGUUGAUACCGUCGAUGCCGUCCUCAAAACCGAGUCUGGCGCUACCGGUGUCCUUUCCCUGUCGUGGGGGUCAUCGUUCAGUGACCAGAUUUUCGAGGUAGCUUGCGAGAACGGUGUCGUUACUUUGAACUUUGAUGAUGUGACAGUCAAUGGAACGAAGCAUCACAUCGAGUUUGAUGGCAGGGGUGUCGCACCAGAGGUUGCCGAAUUUGCAAACUCGAUCGUCAACGGGAAGCCCGCUAGUAGACAAUCCCCUGAGGAGGCGUUGGCGGAUCUUGAGAUCUUGGAACAGAUGUUGCGGAGUGGCGAGCAGGAUGGCGAGAAGAUGGUCGCCGCUAAGAAGCACAUUCCUAUCGUCAAGAAGCGCACCAACCGCUUCAACCGUCACCAGUCUGACCGUUUCAAGUGUGUCGGUCAGUCGUGGCGCAAGCCCAAGGGUAUUGAUAAUGCCGUCCGUCGCCGCUUCAAGGGACAGAUGGCCAUGCCCUCCAUCGGUUACGGUUCCAACAAGAAGACCCGCCACAUGAUGCCCUCCGGCCACAAGGCUUUCCUCGUCCACAACACCAAGGACGUUGAGCUCCUCCUCAUGCACAACCGCACCUACGCCGCUGAGAUCGGCCACGCCGUCUCCUCCCGCAAGCGUGUCGAGAUUGUUGAGAAGGCCAAGGCUCUCGGUGUCAAGGUUACCAACCCCAAGGGCCGUGUCACCACCGAGGCAUAA